AUGAGCGCCGAACAAGUGUGGGCUGGAGUGCAAAGAGGUAAGGCACGCCAACUAUCCCAUUCUCCGUGCCAUUGAUGUAGCGGAGGUCGGUAGCGAGUUGUCAGAUGUAUUCCUGGUGUGUUGAUUUUCUCGUGUUAGGCCUACGAGAGUGGGGUCGAAGAGCCAUUAUCACCGGCUUGUGGUUCGUGAAAAUAACCCAAUUACGAACUUAUAGAAGUGACAAAAUGUUCCACCGUCAAGUAGAUGACAAGCAGUUAAAGACCGAAGGUACUGCGGUGUGACUUAGCUGGCGAGAGUUUCUUGGAGAAGAAGGUCAAUGGCAGGGUUGUACCAGCAUAUUGUUAUUGGAAAACUGAGCCAAAACAUAUUACCAAAGCGCCUGCAAUCAGCUAGAAAGGCGCUUUCGUAGCAUGAUCCGUCAACAAGGUUGCAUCAUCAAGGAAAAUCUCUAUUCUUUAAAAAAUUGUAAAUUUAUCGAACUCGAUGGGACCCUUCGGAUCGGAAAGCAUGCUAGUGAACGGUAGCGAGAUAUCGGCACAUUUCCGCAGGAACCGAUGGUAAAAGUUGGUGAUGCCAAGCGACCGUGACAAUUGACCUACAUAAACCGUCGAACCGACUCAAACAAAGUGACUGGCGCAGCAUCGACUGCGAGAGAUAAAAAAAUACGUGUGUGGAUCACAAGGCGGGGUAAAUCCAAGAGUGUGCGGGCCGCAACCAUAUAAAGAAUUUCUUCGCCUCCAUCUGGGCAGCCCACGGCCUCCCCACCAAAUAGGCCGCACAACUGCUCAGCUCUGGUGGAGAAAUAGCCGAUUCUGAGCACUUUUCAGUCUUACUCAACCACGCAGUCAUUGACAGGCUUCUACAAGUAGAAAACAAAACGACGUGAGCGGUUCGCCUUUGUCUGCAGAAUAAGUUGAAGCCGUAUAACAACCCUCCAGCGGGAACUCCCCUGGGUCCGAUGCGAUUACAACAGGACAACGCAACCACGGUGACCCCCGGUUGAUGGACAAACUGACAUUGCUCUUCCGGGAUGUGCGGCACCAAGAACUAUUCCCUCACGAUUUAAAGUAUGCGAUCAUUGUCCAUCGCUACGAAGGCGAGGGGGACUGGCAACUCUGUGAUAAACACAGAGGAAUCCUGCUGCUCCAGGAAGAUCUUCACUCGUAUCUCCCCCAACUGCCUAAACGACCAUCUAGAACGAAGGCUUCUACUGGAGAGUCACUGUGGCCUCCGACGACACUACGAAACCCUCCACAUGAUUUUUGCUGUUCGCCAGCUGCACAGGAAGCGCCAGAAAAUGAGGGCCUAUCUCUACUUUACGUUUAUGGACUUGACGAAAGUCUUCGAAAGAGUGAAUCGCGAAGGACUGCGAAAAAUCAUGCAGAAAUUUAGCUGCCCUGAAUGAUUCACGCACAUGGCGCAUCAGCUCCACGACGGGAUGAUGGUGCGCGUCACGGACAGUAGGACUCUCCCUGAGGCGUUUGCAGCAACCAAGGGAGUGAAGCAGGACUGUGUAGUCGCCUCGUCCUCUUCGGUCUCAUGUACUCUGUCAUGCUGCUGACGCCUACCAUGAUGAACGCUCUGGGGUCGUCAUCGUCUACAGGACCGACGACCAGCUUUUCGAUAACCGACUCACGCAGAUUCCAUGGUUACUUUCCAUGACCUGCUCUCCGCGGACGACUGCGCACUCAACCGGAAUAUGCAAUGGGACAUGAAUCUUUUCGUCGUGCGUUCUGCAUUCUUCUGGCUGGCCAUCAACACGAAUGAAAUAGUGGUCAUGCGUCAGCCGUCAUCCAACAUUGAGUACAACGAUCCUUGCAUCACUGUUCACAGCAUCCAACCAAAAACAAUAGAAGACUUCACCUAUUUAGGAAGAACACUUUCACGGAGCACCAAAAUCGAAGACAAAUUGACCCACCAAAUCUCCAAAUCCAGCCAGGUCUCCCACUGGCCGUAGACUUCCAUCUAGAACUGUCGAGGUCGCCGUCUCAACACCAAACUUCAAUCUUAACGACACUGCUGUAUAGAGCGGGGAUCUGGAUGGUCUACGAGAAGCAAGCUUUGAAACUCAAUAACUAACAUACCUAUCAGUUGCCCUCGGUGAAUACUAAACUUGAUGCACCAGAACCGAAUUCCGGACACGGAAGUCUUAGGACAAACUGGAAUCAUCGACAUCCACUCCGUGCUGAGGUAAAUACAACCGCAAUUAAGCGACCAUCUCGUGUGAAUGUACCACGAGAGUCUACCCAAACGAUUAUUCUAGGGUGAUGUCGUUACGAGUGCUUGUUGCUAGGGUGGACAAAAACGACUCUACAAGGAUAUCCUGAUAACCCCUCUUAAGCGGCCGCAUAUCAACCCCGAAACCUGGAUGGAUCUCGCCCAAAUCUUACUGGCCUGGAGAAGACCAGUGAAUAUUAAUGAGUAAUGCAGGAAGCCAAUCGUAUCGCUGUUAGCAAAGCGAAAGGAGCGGCUCGCAAGUCUCAAGUAUCGCCGAUCCACAACUCCAACACCCAACCACGUUCAACCCGCCCACGCUGUCAGCAAAAGUUCCGCCCCCUAAUCGGCCUCAUCAUACAUCUCAGGACUCAACACAACAACCCGACAACUCCACCUGCUGCCUCCGAAAGGCCUUCAUCAUCAUCCUCACACCAACUCCACGACGUCCGCGACAGCAACUAUCACCACCGGUGAUAACACUCCUGGUGCCCCAUCAUCGUUGACCAUCGCCGACCCCAUCAGCGUGUCACAAUCCCGCGACGAAGACAGCGACUACUACCACCACUCCCACGUUCACCACUGGUGUGAAUAUUCUGACGUCCCGUCGGCCAUCAUCUUCCCUUCCACCGCUACUUAUGUGGACCCCAUUCCAACCUCUCCCCAUUGUGAUCGCACCUGCACAUCACACAUUGGCCUGGCCAGUCACCCGCUAAUUCAUCUCACCUGGACUGGCGAACCAGUGACAGUAGCCCCAAAAUACACCCGCCUCCACAAUUCGUAUUGUCAACACACAUUCGAUCACCGCAUGGGCCUAUUUGGCCAUAAGCGUAGCCAUGAGAGUGGAACUCGCCGAUAUAGCAGCACCUCAAGCACACUUUACACACCCAGCAACCCUCCCAUCUAUAGAACUGCCAGCUCCUCAUCCACCAGCGCAACAACCACUAGCAUCACAACCAUAGCAACCAAAUCAGCAGCUCUGAACCUAUCCUACGCAUAA